AUGACUUCCCAAUUUGAUCUUAUCGAGAUUGCUAAUUCAUUAACUGACUAUGAGGCUGAUAAAUUAAUUAAAAUCCUUCAAUCACGUAUGAGCAAGAAAUCCCACCUUCUAUCACCGUCACCAUCACCAUUCUAUACAAUAAUAUCUUCUUUAUCUUCAAGUAAUAGUUUUGCCAUCACUCCUCCACCAUCACACCUCUUAGAGAGGAAUUUAUUUCAGUUCAGGAAUUCUUUUCUAAGGGCAGUUUCUUUAAAUUUACAUGGAAAAAACGAUUUCUAUGUCCUUUAUGUAAAAGAUCUAGUUUUCAUACUUGUUGUUCUAGAUUGCAGUUUUGUAACCAAUAUAUAUGAUGAACAAGCUUUAUCUAAACAUUUAAAAACUUGCAAGGGUAAGAUCUCUAAAGAUUUUACUCUCAUAACAUUGAAAGUAUCACCUCUUAAUAAGGAGGAAGGGACCACUGAAACCAAGUACAAGGAGAUAAAUCUCAAUGAACGUCAUUGUCUUUUAUGUAAAGAUAUUCAUAACAUGUAUGUUGUGUGCUAUGGUGAAAAUUUAGGAUGCUGGUCAUCCAAUACCACUUUAGUAAAUUCUUCAACAUCAAGGAGUAAUAACAUUUAUAAUUGUAAUAUUAAUUCAGGUAAGGGAAUAAUAUGGGAUAAAUGGAUGUUCUAG